AUGGAAUACAACAUUAGAAGAUUCCAAAUGCUAAAGAAAAGUGAGUACUUAGAAUCAUUUUAUUUAAACAAUCAAAUGCCAACACGUCAGGUGAUUGUUGUUGGCGAUGAGAAAACCGGCAAAUCUGCUUUGAUUGAAAGAAUUCUUCAUAAAGAGUUCCUCGAAGAGUAUAUACCAACAAUCAUUAACAUUCAUUCAAAAGAAUAUGCAUAUAGAGCCCAAACAGCAGACUUAGAAAUUGUUGAAAUUGGUGGAGGAAUCAAUUCUACUGACUUAAGAUCGAAAUAUUACAGAGAUUGCGAUUUCGUUAUUAUCUGUUUUUCAUUGGCAGAUCAAUCGUUCUCGAAAAUAGGAAAUUGGGUGACAGAAAUCAACAGAGUACGUCCUAAUAUUACAAAAAUCCUCGUUGGAACUAACGGUGAUUUUUCAGAUCGAACUGUUCCAUUUAAUGCUGUUAAACAGUUUGUUUCAGUAAAUUACAUCAACAGAUACUACAAAAUUUCAUCUCGCGAUGAUGUAAACAUUCGAAAACUCGUCAGAAACGUUUUAAUUCCGAUCUUAUUCGAUCCAGACUCUUGCGACGAUCCACAUCCAUCUGAUGCCAGCAAUUUCAAAGUAUGCUUAUGGGGUCCUCCAGGAUCUGGUAAAACUGCGUUUAGAAAUACAUUAUGUGGUGGAACAAAUGAGCCAACGUUUUACUCAGAAUCACGAGCCAUUUUAAAGCUUUGUGAACGGUUUUGGAAUGUUUGUAUUGGCGAACAAUACGAUGGAUGUGAUGAAUUAAGAAAUUUAACUUUAGAUGGCUGCAACAUCCUUCUUAUUACCAUUGAUUUAACAGAUAAAAACUCUAUAGGAAGAGUCCUCUCUUAUGCAUGCCCUGCAAACUUCCCAAUUGUUAUUGUUGGCUUGAAAUCAGAUAUUUACGAUGCAGAAGAUCCAAAUGCAGUUGACAAUGAAGAUAUUAAUGGAUUAAUCACUGCAACAAAGGCAAUAUUAUAUGCAGAAGGCAAUGCAUGCAAUUUGAACGAUUGUAAUCAAAUUCUCGAAGAAUCAAUGGCUGCUGCUCUUAGCUGGUUUGAACAACAGAACAAAAAUACUAACUAG